AACUGAUUCUAAUCGCGCUCCCUCCCUCCCCACACAACGCACGUUGAUCCGCUUCAGCUUCCAGCUUCCCAGCUCCCAAUUCCGCUCGUAGCUUCAGAUCUCCGCUCGCGUCCAGCUAGGCGAGCGCGCGUGAGAGAGAGAUGAGUGGAGCGGAGGCGCCUCUCAUCACCGAGGACGCGCCGGAGCGGGGCGCGCCGUCCUCCGGCAGCCGCCUCGGCGCCGUCGGCGCGCAGGGCUCCAAGAAGUACCGCAGGCGCUCCGACGCGCUAGCCUACGGCGACCGCUACCAGAAGGCGGCCGCUCUCGUCGACCUCGCAGAAGAUGGUGUUGGUAUCCCCGAGGAUGUCUUGAAUGACACAAGGUUCGAGAGGGCUAUGGGGUUCUAUUUUGUGUAUCUCCGGUUCGACUGGGUGUGGUCACUCAACCUAUUUGCUUUGAUUCUCUUGAAUUUUCUCGAGAAACCUCUGUGGUGCCGGAAAGAUGCUGAACAUGCUUGUGAUCAAAGGGAUCUUUACUUUCUCGGGCAGUUGCCGUACUUCAGCAAAACUGAAUCGCUUAUCUAUGAGGGGAUUACACUUGUUAUUCUUGCACUGGAUAUCUUUUGUCCACUUUCUUAUGAAGGUCUAAAUAUUUUCUGGAAAAGCACCAUCAAUAAGUUGAAGAUUCUUCUUCUCUUCAUCUUAGCAUGUGACAUACUGGUGUUUGCCUUCAGUGCCCAACCUUUCAGAGUAGCUCCAUACAUCCGCGUAGCGCUUCUAAUCAUGACUAUCAGGGAAUUGCGAAUGUGUGCUAUUACACUGUACGGCCUUAUUGGGACAUACCUUAAUGUUUUGGCCCUCUCUCUGUUGUUCCUCUUAUUUGCAAGCUGGCUAGCUUAUGUAACGUUUGAGGACACUCUACAAGGAAAGACCAUUUUUUCAUCAUACGGCGAAACACUGUAUCAAAUGUUUGUCCUCUUCACCACCUCUAAUAAUCCUGACGUUUGGGUCCCUGCUUACAAGAUAUCUCGCUGGUAUUCUCUAUUUUUUAUUGUCUACGUGCUUCUGGGAGUUUAUUUCCUGACAAACUUGAUUCUUGCUGUCAUCUAUGAUAGCUUUAAGGAGCAGUUUGGGAAGCAACUUGUUCAAAUGGACUCUAUAAGGAAAAGUAUAUUAGAGAAGGCAUUUGGUCUUAUCGACACUGCCGGUCAGGGUUACCUCGACAGGGAGCAGUGCAUAUCAUUACUUAAUGAGCUGAACAAGUACAGGUCCUUACCUAAAACCUCAAGGGAAGAUUUUGAAUUAAUAUUUACUGAGCUCGAUCGUAGUGGUGAUUUCAAGGUUACCCCCGAAGAAUUUGAUGACCUAUGCAAUACUAUUGCGAUAAAAUUUCAGAAAGAACCACCACCUUCUUAUCUGGAAAAGUUUCCAUUCUACCAAUCGCCACUAUGUGAAAGUCUAAAAUCUUUUGUGCGGAGCCGCCAGUUUGAUUACAUUAUUAUAUUUGUUCUUCUGAUGAACUUAGUGGCUGUCAUUAUUGAAACAACGCUUGAUAUAGAAAACAGCUCCUCACAGGAAUUGUGGCAGGAAGUUGAGUUUUUUCUUGGAUGGAUUUAUGUAGCCGAGAUGGGACUGAAAAUAUUUUCAUUUGGAUUUGGUGCUUAUUGGAUGGAAGGCCAAAACAAGUUUGAUUUUGUGCUUACUUGGACUAUAUUUAUUGGAGAGACUCUAACUUUUGCCUUCCCUUCAAAGCUUUCUUUUCUUUCAAAUGGAGAAUGGAUUCGGUAUCUUCUCCUUGGAAGAGUGUUGCGUUUAACAAGAAUUUUGCUGCAAGUUCAACGUUUCAGAGCAUUUGUUGCAACAUUCCUUACUCUGAUGUCUAGUUUGAUGCCAUACUUGGGGAUUGUAUUCUGUGUUCUUUGCAUGUACUGCUCAAUUGGUUUGCAGAUUUUUGGGGGCAUUGUGUAUGCAGGAAACCCGAUACUCGAAGAAACUGACCUCUUCAAUAAUGACUAUCUCCUUUUUAACUUCAAUGACUAUCCAAGUGGUAUGGUAACUCUCUUCAAUUUGUUAGUGAUGGGCAAUUGGCAAGUAUGGAUGGAGAGCUACAGGCAACUGACUGGAAGUUCUUGGAGCCUGAUUUAUUUUGUCAGCUUUUACCUUAUAUCAAUAUUACUGCUGCUUAAUCUGAUUGUAGCAUUUGUGUUGGAGGCAUUUUUUGCCGAGAUGGAACUGGAGAAAGUUGGAGAGACUGAUAUCCAGAAUCCUACAACUGGAGGAACAAGAAGAUCCCGGUCUAUGCGGUCAAAGGGUAACACAGUUGAUAUUCUUCUGCACCAUAUGCUGUGCAACGAAUGAAGGAUCUCAAAACUCUUGAGCAAUAUUCCAUCCUCAUGGAUGGAAGCAAGCAAAUGUAGGAAUGAUUUCCUGAUGGAGAAGGUACAUAAUUAUUACCGUCAGUAUUUCCCGAGCAAUUGAGUGAUUUUUUGUCUGUAACAAGGCGAUAAAUUUUGGAGUAGUAUUGGAAAUGAACUCUUGUGCCAUUCACUGUCCAGAAACACAUCGUAUUUGUACUGGCCAGUAUUAUACUGUAAUACUGUUGUCUCGGUAGAUUUCUCUGUACUCCCUACUUCAGUCAAGAUACCUGACAGUUUAUUAUUUUCUGAUCUUUGACCAUGUCAAACAAGGAGCGAGAAAAGAGGAGUACAAGCAUCAACCCAAAGUGUAAUUAGCGACUCUUAUAUCUUCUAAAACAAAAGCAAUACCGAAAAUCAGUAAGAUGCUACAGGACUGUGGCAGAUUUUUCUGUA